AUGGAUUCCAGCUCUACUAUUGUGAUGGAGACAUCAAUGGGAGAGACGGAAAUUAUAAAGAAAAUUAAGGAGAAAGGAAUUAGGUCUGUGAAUAAGACAUUGGCCAGUGAAAAUGAAGCGUUGAGCAAUUUGGUUGGCCAGUAUCGUUAUGAUCAUUUUUCACAAGGAAAUUUGACUAAUUCGUUGGAAAUUAUGUUGCAGACUGUUCAGCGUGGUGGCAAGAUAGUUUUCAGUGGAAUAGGCAAGUCAUAUAAAAUUGCUGGGAAGUUGGUGGCAACAUCUAUAUCUUUAUCGAUAUCGGCUGCUUUGUUGCAUCCCUCUGAAGCUCUACAUGGUGAUUUAGGGAUGAUAGGUGAAAAAGACUGCAUUAUAUUUGUCACUGCAAGCGGAAAUACACCUGAGUUACUUAAUCUUUUACCUCAUAUACCUGAAGUUCCGGUGAUUCUUCUUACGUGCAACCGUGUUUCGAAACUCUCGACUCUGGCACAAGUAAGGUCGCUUCUUUUAACCGAGCUACCAAAACACUUGAAUGAAGACUCGAUCCAUGGGGUGCCAGCACCUACUGUUUCGACAACUUUAUCCUUGGUCUUGGCCGAUGCCACUAUAUUAGCAUUACUGGAGAUCAUUGAAGAUGACUCUUUGGAAAGAAAAAAGCUCUUUUCAAAGAGACACCCUGGUGGUUCAAUUGGAGCUGACUUGAGCCAUUUGAACGAUAAGAUAACUACAGGUAACAGAAAAACUCCCGUUUCAUCGCUAGUAAGCUCUUCAUCGUUACUUAGUCUCAACCAAGUCAGACAAUAUAAGAUUGUGGAUAAUCAAACUGACUAUUUGCCGGGCUCAGAAUCUUCAUCUGAUGAUGAAGACAGAUUAGAGGCCAUAAAACCUAAAAAUCACGGACUUUCUUAUAAAAUAAAAAAUUCGGACAAAUCAAGAGUUCUUACUAUAACUGAUACCGAUUUUGAUCUGCUAAGCGAGGAUGUUUUGUUCAAGUGGACUAUUUUGUAUGAUUUCAUUGUACAAAAGAAAAAAGGAUUUGUGCUUGCAGUUGACUGUGAUAAAAUCAAACCAUUGAUACGACACUAUUUAACUGUGGAUGGAAAAUACACAGCUGAAGUUUGGAACGAUUUCACUAGAAGUUUAGAAUCCAGCUUUACUGAAAUAUACCUAUAG